AAUUUGCGCGCAGUGGGAUUUUAACGCUCAGUUUUCGUUGCGCGGCCGCUGCGAGCAGUUGUUGCUGUACUUGCUGCGUUCGCCCCCCAAUUUUUUUUCGACACCCCACGGUUUCCCCCCUUUGGUGACGCCCCUGAGCGCGUGUGUGUGGCUUACCGUUAGAGAGAAAGAGAGCGAGCAAUCUACGGCAAACGACGUGGGGACGAGCGGGACGGAGGCAUGUGCUGGGUCACAAUGGCACGCAAGGACGAUCCCGUUUUCAACGUGCGGUUCGUGCAAUUCGUCGAAAAUCAGCCCUGUUUGUGGAAUUAUACGCAUCCGGGGUACAGCAAAAAGGAGGAGGUGCAGAGGGCGUGGCAGCAGGUGGCCAAUGAGAUCAAGGACACGGUGCGCAACUGUCGCGAGAGGUGGCGCACCAUUAGGAGCAGCUUCCUCCGAUCCUUGAAGCUGGCUCGCACACAAACGGGCCGCGGCAAGCGCAAAUACUACCUGUCCAAGUACCUGCAGUUCCUCAUUCCCUACACCAAGUCCCGAUCCUGCCACAAGCAGCUGCCGGCGGGGACUGCACCCGGCAACAAUUCUGCGGCUGGGAUGGUGCUCCGAAAGCCAGGCAAUACCUCCAGUGGCAUGGCCAUGUAUCCGGAUCCAAAUCAGCACGAGGAUGACGAGGAGGCCAAGGAGAGUGACAGCGAACUGCCGCUGGAUGUGCAGGUUUCCGAGGAGGAGGAGGCGGAGGACCAUUCAAGGCGGGAUACGGAUCGGGAUACGGAUCGGGAUCAGAAUCGGGAUCAGGAGCAACAGCAACCCACCGCCUGUCUGCCGGUCCGCCUGCAAGCCAUCAAACUGGAGCAGCCCUCCCUCAAUCCACAUGCGAAUGCCCAGCUAGACAGGCUCGUGGGUCAUCAUCCGUCGCUGGUCUCUGUGCCCGCCGCUGCAUUGGGUAACCACCUGGACUGGACGGAUCUGACGCACUGGUUCAAGGGCAACGGCAAUGGCAUUGGCAACGGCAACGGCAACAGCAGUCACCUAAGCCACCUGAAUCCACACAAGUUAGCCACACCACCGCCACCGCCGGCCACGCCAGCGUUGGGAGCUUUAACCGGAGGACCCCUGUCCAUUCCUUCGCCACCAGAUGCCGACUACUCCUUUCUGAUCAGCCUGCAUCCGUACCUCAAGGAGAUGAGCGGCAAGCAGAACCGACGAUUUCGCCAGAAAGUCAUCGGCCUCAUCGACAAUGUCCUGGACAACAUAGAUGUCUAGUUUGGGAAAUAGUCUACACAGGGAAAAAGUCAUAACAGUUGGAACAGUGAUAAGCAUUAAACAAAAAUAUCAUUCGAAACGGGUUCUUAAAACUAUUUUCAUUGAAAAUCUUUGCUAAAACGCUCACUUAAUUAAGUAAAUAAUGGUCAGCUGAUUAUAAGCCAAUAAUCAUAAAGAAAGUUUAAAGCGCUUUCAGGAAACUUUUUAAUAUGAAUAUUAUACCUCAAAUCAAAGUAAAAAUGUUAAUGUUAUAUUAUUUAUCACAACAAUUAUUUACAUAUUUUAUUUGAAAAGAAAAGUAUUCGGCAAAAAUAUUUUCUGUUUCUACACAAUGCGAUUUAAAAUUGUGCUUAAAAUUUUUACCACUUGCAAUUGCUGUAUUUUUUUAUCGAAAAAUUUGAUAAAUAACUCUUUAAAUAUUUUCUUAAAUUUUUUUUUCUGUAAAUCAUCACUCUUGAAAUUUUAAUAUAAAUUUUAGCUUUCUGAUUUGACUCCUGUGGAAUUUGAUUUGAUUCAUAAAAUGUUUACAUAUUAUUUACCGCCGACCAAUAGAUUUGUACCUUUUAGUAUAGUAUAUGAUAGUUUUUAUUAAAUAUUUAUGCAUCGAUUUAAUGUUUAAAAUAUCACGAAGUACAAAAACCCGAAUUUUGUGAUAUUUUCUCUCUGUGUAGAAACCAUGAAAAACAAGGACGAAAUUUUGAAAACACGCCCAGAGUAACGCCAACAGUGCCCAAUUAUUAUAUGUGUAGAGCGUAUUUUUAUCGUGCUUUUUGUUGUUGUUUAACACACACACAAACAUCAAUUUGUUAUAUGUAUGUAAAAUAAAAAUUUUAAAAAUUGAA